AUGUUCAAUGUUUAUGAAAAUAACUUAUUAUUCACCUUUGCCUUUGAAGUAUGGGCGUCUGGGCACGUGGCCUGCGCGUGGCGCCAUUGUGGAGUGUCCCGUGCCCACGCCCCGCGUGCCUUCCAAGCGCCCAGAGGCCAACGGUCCCCCAGCCUUGGGCGCUGCAGCCCAGCCAAGUCCACAGACGUCAGGAACUUCUGGAAGGCGGGCGAACCCCUGCUGCAAGGCUCCGACGCCCUGGUGGCUCCCAUGGGCAGGUCACCCAGCAUGCCCCAGACCGCGCUGUCUCCCCGGGGUCACCAGAGCCCGUGGUCCCCGAGGUCCCCGACUCAGAGCCAUAUUCAGCACGUCCAGUGGGGGCGCCCGGCGCCCAGCACCCACCUCACCGAGGUGUGGCUCAGCCAAGACCCCCACAAGUUCCGGCGGGUGGGCUCCGAGGCCUGGAGGCGCCCCGCCCUGCCCGGGGAGACCGCCCUGGGGCGAAACCUCUCCUGCGCCUGGGAGGGUUGCAUGAAAAGGGGGCUGUGUCGCGCCCGGAACCCAGGACGGACCUGGAGCCCGAUGACCAUCAGGAUCGCCCCUCCCGAGCGUCAGGAGAGCCCCUGGGGAUCCCCAGGACAGCGAGGCCGCCCCGCCGCCCAGGAACUCCCGGACUUCUGCACCCGGGAGACUCUGCUGAGGGCGCUCAGCCAGUGUCGCAAGGGAAGCGCCAGGUUCGAAGGGCCAUUGUGGUUCGAGGUCUCAGACAGCAAGGGCGGCAGGUGGAACCUGGAGCCCCGGCCCUCUGCCUUCAAGCCCCUGAGCAAAAAUGGAGCGGUUGCUUCCUUCGUGCCCAGGCCAGGGCCUCUGAAGCCGAGCGUCGGCCCCUGGAACCUCAGUGUUUGUGAUGAUACCUGGCCUUUCGUUCUGGUCCAGCCCGCCCCGUCCGCCAUCUGGGACUUCUGGGAGGUGACAACGCCUUCCUGCUGCAGCUGCAGUAGGGUCUCCUUCACUCUCCAGGACACCCAGUCUGCUGGCUCCUUUGGCUCCUAAGAAUCUGGGCCCUGCUACCCACCUCCGGAGACUUAAGCCCAUGUAUCUACUUUCACUUGCUCAUCCUUGCUGUACCUCGAAAGUGGGGCCCUGACACCACGUUAUCAAACAUGCAGCCCCCACACCCCUCAUCGGCAUAUCCCCAGAUCUUCCCUCUGUGCUCCCUCCCACCCUAACAGCUGUUGAUUUCAGAACAAUCUUCGCCCUGCUGGCCCUCUCCUCCCUGCCCUUCUUCCUGCCCUUCCUCUGAAAAGAAGCAUUUUGGGAAGGCUUGCUUUUUCUCCAUGUCUCCCAGUUUAUAUAGUUAAAUUGUCCAGUUUGUGUAGUUAAAUAUUUGAUCUUAUUAAAAAUAUUUGUCUGCA